AUGUCUCCUACCAAAUCAGCAAACAAGGCAAGAGGGAGGAAACAGAAAGUUGCAGAAAGCAAGAAGGAAAAGGAAGAACCAAUUCAAACAAGAAAAGGGAGAAAGGCGGGAUCUGAUAUUUCCCCUAACACUAAUGAGAAUGGCAGAGGAAAAAGGAGUGACAAAGGCAAAAGUAGUGAAGUACAAAGCAAAAAAAGAAAUGUAUUCAGUAAAGGGAAGUCCAAAAAAGAUGAGGAGAAAAAGGGAAAGGUGGACCAAGUGGAGAAGUUACAAGAUGAAGAAACUGACUCACCUAAAAUAAGGAGAAAAGGGAGGCAACAAAAUGGCAAACUCUUAACUGCUAAGGCUACGAGUAAAGGAGUCACAGGCAAAGUAAGCAAAGGUAAAGAAUCCAAGCCUAUUCUAAAACCCUCUGCAGUUAAAACAGCCAGCAAAGCACACGAAAUUCGCACAAAAAGGCGAGGUCAUAAGAUAGAGGACUCAGAAGAAGAUCAAUCUGAGAGUGAAAAAGAAAAAUCUGAACAUUCUGAAGAAAUGAGUGAAGAUGAGAAGGAGGAAGAGGAAGAGUCAGAAUGUGUGGAAGAAACUGCUGAGAUAGAAGCAAGUAAAGUGAGCAGUGAGGAAGACACAUCAGACACAGACAUCAAAAUGGGGGAAGAGGUGAAUGAUGAAACAAAGGGAGAAAUGGAGGAAGGAGAGAAGGAUGCAAAUGAAGCCUUAAAAAGUGAAAUUACAGUGGAAUCUGAAGAGGAAUCUACCAGUAGUGAGGAGGAAGUAGAAUCUGAAGAACAGCUCAGUGAUAAAGCUGAUGACAAGCAAGAGGAACCCGCUCUUUCAUCCAAGAAGCCACAACCACUCAACCUGGCUGCACACAUCCAAGGCCAGAAAGUCAUGCUGAAAUCUAAAAUGCUAUGUAAAAAAGACCCUAUUACAGUGGAGAAGCCCAGUGAAAAGGCUCCAACGUCAGAAGAAGCUGAGAUAAACAGAAUGGCCCUCACUAAGAUUGAUGCAGUGAAAGGGAAGUCCCAGAUCAUAAAAAUGGCAAGCAAAUUAAAGAUAGUCAACAAGACUGAAGAGAUUAAGAAGGAAGAGAAAACCGUGAGUCCACCAAAAAUUUCAAAAGGUUUGCUUAACAAACAGCCCCUGAUGUUGUUUACAAUGAAAGGGAAGGGGAAAGAUGAUAAAAAUAAAAAUGCAACCAAGGUAGAUCAGUCAGUGGAUGAAAUAAAUGUAGAAACUACACCAAAACCAAAAACAGGAAAUGUAAGAUUGAGUUUAGGAAUGGCAAGGAUUGCCUCUCUAAGAUACCAGGCAAAGAAGAAGAAAAUUAAUGAACAAACAGUAACGGAAACAAGUGAGACUGGAGAUGUAGUGUCAUCAAAAUCAACAGAACAUUUGAUAGCACAGAAGAAAGGAGUGACUACCUUGUACCGUGUCUCUGGAUGGAUCCAAAAGAAGAUUCCCCAGAGAGUCAGUGCUCGGCGAAAAUUCAUUGCCAUCACACAAGCAAUUGGAAUUUCUAGGUGGCUGCCUACGCUGAUUCUGAAGAAGAAGAAUAGUCCCACAAAAUCCAAAAAGACCCUCCUCCACCAUAAGAUGGCCUUGAAAAUGGCUGGCAGUUCCAUACAGACUAAUAAAAGGGCAUUGAUCUCAGAAAAUGCAAACGUAACAGAUACACAAGAAAAGUUUUCUGAAGACCCAGGACAAUCAUGUGAUGAACCUUGUUCUUCGCUGCAAGAUCCAGAUGAAAAGGCCAACUCAGGAGAUGCCAAAUAUGCAAUCGUACUUCCCAGAAUGAAUAAAAUUGGCAAAGGUGAAGACACUGCUGCUCCUGCUAACACUAGCACAGACAAUGGCUUUGCUCCAGAGCGUAAACCUCCAAAACCUGGUGCUCGUCUGGUGCUUCCAGUAAAGCCAGACCUCAGCCUACUCAAAUCUGUUAAAAGGAGGAAUACUACAAAUCAUCCAGAGAGAAACUAUGAAGAACAAGUGUCAGAAAGUAGAAAGGAAGCAAAAAUUGACAAUACAAUGCCAGUACUAGACAAUAAAGAUAGUGCCAGCACCUUGCAAGCAGCAAAAGGGAAACUUGUGGGCUCACAGAUUAAUCUUACUAAACUGGCGCUGUCAAGGCCUCUUCUGGCAGGAGGCAGAAGAAUUGUGCAAAAGUUGGAUGGCAAGGAAAGGGAUAAGAAUCUGGGCCAGGCAGUUCCGUCUGCCAAGGCUGAACCAUGGAUAGAUGGUUUGGGGACAUCAUUUUAUGAAGAGGAGGAAGAUAGAGAAGUGGCUGAACUGAUGGGUGAUGGCAUUCUUCCAUCGGCGAUAGAACUCCACUGGGCUCAGCAUCACCAAAUGUGUAGUGAUCCUCAGGACUGGCUGCGCAGUGAAAACCUGCCACCACAUCAAGUCAGAGAGAAGCUUACUAAGUGGACUGUCUAUCAAGAUGAUGAACGUGCCCAAAUGAUACCUAAACGUGAUGGCAGAGGACCAUGGGAAUCAGAAGAUCCAGCUCAGAAUAUGUUGGAGAGCAGGCUCAACAGCACUCAGACAUAUAUCAGCGAUAUACUGUUAUCGAUCAACCCCUUUAAGCCCCUCAGUAUCUACACAGAGGAGUUGAGACAGCAGUACCAAGGCAAGGAGAAGCACAAUAAUCCACCUCAUGUUUAUGCCAUUGCGGAUGCUGCAUUUUGCCAAUCUCAAAAUACCACACAAGAGCAAUGCAUCAUUAUAAGUGGGCAGAGUGGAUCUGGGAAGACUGAAGCAGCAAAACUUAUUGUUCACUACCUGAGCUCUAUGUAUCAGGGUAGAAAUGACAAUCUGCGUCAGCCAAUGGAUGUUUUGCCCAUAUUAGAAAGCUUUGGUAAUGCCAAGACAAUACUCAACAACAAUUCUAGUCGUUUUGGUAAAUACCUACACAUACACAUAAGGAGUGGUGUAGUUGUCGGGACUUCACUGUCAAAAUAUCUCCUAGAGAAAUCACGAAUUGUGUUCCAGGCCAAAGAUGAAAGGAACUAUCAUGUGUUUUAUGAGCUGUUGGCUGGGAUGAAUCAAUGGGACAAGCAGGAUUUCUAUCUGCAGGGAGCUGAGACUUACUAUUACCUCAACCAGGGUGGAGCCUGUGAGCUUCAAGGGAAGAACGACGAGCAGGAUUUCUUGCUUCUUGUACGAUGUUUAGAGACAAUUGGAUUACAUGCUGAGCAGAUAAGCACAAUUUGGGGCAUUCUGUCAUCCAUUUUACAGCUGGGCAACAUCUGCUUCAGCUCUUAUGAGGUCGAGUCGUUUGAGGUGGCAAGGAUCUUUAGUGAGGCUGAAGCUCGCAGAGUGGGUAACCUAUUACAGGUGUCAGCUGAAGGCCUGCAGACUGUUAUUACGCACCGAGUUACAGAAACCACUUAUGAUAGGAUCUACUGCCCCCUGUCUGUGGAAUGUGCCAUUGAAUCCAGGGAUGCCAUUGCCAAGGCCCUCUACUCUGUGCUCUUUGAUUGGCUGCUUGAGCAUAUCAAUGAGUGGUUAAUCCCCACAGAGAUGGACAGCACUGUUGGCAUCGUGGACAUUUAUGGGUUUGAGGACCUUGGUGUGAACAGCUUUGAGCAGCUGUGUAUUAAUUUUGCCAAUGAGCAGAUCCAACAAUUUAUGAACAAAGCACUAGUGUCACAGGAACAGGAGGAAUACAACUCUGAGCAGAUCCCAUGGUAUCCUGUGACCCUACAGAAUUUCCAUCCCUGUCUGGAGCUCAUUUCCGCUCGGCCACAUGGCAUCCUCCGCAUCCUGGAUGACCAAACGUGUCUGCCUCAGGCUACAGACCACACCUUUCUGCAGAAAUGUCACUAUCACCAUGGCAACAGUCCCUACUAUGCCAAGCCCAAGAUUCCUUUGCCCGUCUUUACUGUGUAUCACUAUGCAGGAGCUGUUACUUACCAGGUUCAUAACUUCCUGAAUAAAAACCACGACCAGUUUCGUGCAGAGGUAUUAGAGCUCUUUGCACGCAGUAGAUUACAGAUGGUAUCAGGUCUGUUCCGUAAGGUGCAGGAACACUGCAUCCACCAGAAACAGCUGCGUGCCAGAGGGAGAGGAAACCGGCACCAGGCAUCAACUGUAGCUGCACACUUUCAACAGUCACUCACCGAACUCAUCACACGGCUGGACAGGUGUAAAAAUAUGUUUAUCCGAUGUUUUAAGCCAAACUAUGUAAAGCUUCCUGGAAUAUUUGACGUGGAGUACAUCACCACGCAGUUGAAACAUGGAGGAAUCCUAGAGACCAUUCAGAUUAGAAAACAGGGAUUUCCUAUUCGUAUCCCAUUCAAGGAUUUCAUGGAGAGGUAUGGUGUGCUGUUAGCACAGCGGGAUGUAAACCUCUCUGAUAAAGAACAGGUCGUUUCCCUGCUGGAGUUCAUGGGUGCUGAGGACACUCAGUAUCAAUUAGGUCUGAACAAGGUGUUUAUGAAGGAAUCACUGUACCAGCAAGUGGAUCAGAAAUGGAGUAGCACUCAAACCUGGGCAGCCAUCAUUAUCCAGAGGAACAUCCGUGGCUUUAUCUGCAGACGCAAUUUCCGCUUCUUCAAACAGAAAGCCAUUAUACUCCAGUCCUAUAUCAGAGGUCACCAGGCCAGGAAGUAUUAUAAGAGACUGAAGCGCUCCUUUACCCAAUUCUGGGCUGCUAUUAUGAUUGCUAGAAAUAUGAUCAAGAGACGAAAGUGGAGGGAACACAACAAGCAAACCAGAGCAAAGCAGGUGGUCAAACCCCUGUCUACUUAUUCAGGGAUGGAUGUGGGAAUGCUGGAGAUCCCAGCUGAUCUAUCAGCACGAUUGCGUAGCGCAGCAGGGCGUCCACAGGGGUCAGGGGUAAUAGAGGUAGCUCUACCACAGGUCAAAGCUGAGCACCACCUCUCCCUGCCUCCUGAUAUCGACAGCUACCCAUUCUCCCAAUACGCCAACACAGUUCUCAAGGAUGGAUGGUGCCAGGCUCAGGGUCAGUCCCUUCAGAGCCCCCUCACCUCUCUGGAGCCGGGAGAUGCCCGUAUAGCUCUGGAGAUAUACAAACUGAUUCUACGCUUCUGUGGGGACUCAGAGAUGACUGGAUGGCAGGAGCAGAUGUUGGGGAAUUACAUACUGGAGAAAGGCCAAAGCAGACCUUCACUAAGGGAUGAGAUCCUGGCACAGCUCGUCUAUCACACAUGGGGUCGUGAGGAUGAGGAUGGCUCAGUGAGGGGCUGGUUUCUCCUGGCCUCCUGUCUCAGUGCCUUCACACCAUCUCCUUCACAGGAUAAACCUCUGCUCAAGUAUGUGUCUGACCAGGGUCCAGGAGAAUAUCGCUCUCUGUGUCAGCAUAAGCUUCUCACAUCUCUCCAGCUGCCUUUUCCUGCCUGCAGACAACAGCCGCCUACUCAGCUCGAAUGGACUGCCAAUCAGAGAAAGGGGAAGAUGGUCGUGGAGGUCAACACUUUCAACGAGGAGAAGCUAACAGCAGAAGUGGAGUCCUGGACCACAGGAGAACAACUGACAUCCUGGCUCCUGAGCUUUAAAGGUGUGCCUGAGCUUCAGCGGGGCUGGUCUGUGUCUCUGCUAGCUGAAGAGGGCUGGUCUGAUCUAAAUGGCUGUGACUAUGUGAUGGACCUUCUGGCUGGUGCUGAGACUGAUGUUCCCUUGGGACAAACAUCUGCCCAGCCUGAUUAUCUUUUCAGUGACAUGGGGGACAGGAUGAUGACCACAGACUUGGAUGACUUCAUCCCUCCGGCCCCCUCCAUGCAGGCUCCUGGCCUGCCUCCUUUGGAAGCUGCUCCAUGGGACACUUCUGGUCAAUAUAGAUCCCGAGAACCAAAACUGGAUUCCUAUGUGGAUGACCUGUUUGAUCCUGUGCUGGAUCAAGGACCUCCAGACUUUGAGCGAACGGCCAUGCUGAACCGCAGGAUGAGGGGGGGAGGAGGGAUGUUCCCUAGCAUGUAUAAUGGAGCAGGUGCUCCAAUGUCAAUGCCAGCUUAUAAUAUGGGAAUGCCCAUGAAUCCAGCCAUGCCAGGCUAUGCAGCCGCACCAAUGAUGCCAAACAUGAUGCCUGCUAUGAUGAUGCCAGGCAUAAUGCCUCAAUCCGCUAUGCCUACCAGCCCUCCAGUUAUCAACCCCCAGCAAAUGGCUGAACAGCAGCAAGCUUUCAUCAACCAGCAAGCUUUACUCAUGGCCCAGCAGAUGACAAUGCAGGCAAUGACACUGUCCCAACAGCAGCAGCAGGAGCAGCUGAAAAAACAGCGCAAGCAAUGGCCGCAACAGCAGCAGCCACAGCAGCCGCCGCAGCCACAGCAGCCGCCGCAGCCGCAGCCACCACAGCAACGGGAGCAGCAGCGGGAGCAGCAGCAACAGAAGCCUGCUUGCCUCACAGCACCAAAACCCAACAAUCCACCUGUGCAGCAAAACAUCCCGGUGGUAGCACAACCUGCAAAAGAACACACAACUGCCGGUGAACAAAAGCCAGGAUCCUUUCAGGAGAAGAGAGCCUUCUUCCAGAAGAUUGGAACUCAAGAAGCUCAUUCAAAACCCCCUCCAAAGGUCGCUAAACCACUUAUCUAUGCCCCCCCAGCAGCCGUACAGGCCAGAGACCCAUCUCCAGUUAAACCGGAAGUGAAACCACCUCCAGAACCCAGUAAACCACCUCCAGAACCCAGUAAACCACCAGAGUCACCAAAACCAGAGCAUGAUUCCCCCCCAAUGUCACCUAUUAAACCAGAACCCACUACCAGCAUUCGAGAUCUCAUCAAGCAGUACCAGAACCGGCCUCCUCCAGAGCCCAAACCCUUUGAGCCUGUCAGAGUUCCUGCCAAGCAUUUUCAGAAAAAGAAUGACCCUAAAGAGGAGGCACUGGCCAUUCUCAGAGCAAAAGGACCAGUCCCUCAAAAGAAGAAACAAUGGGUUGAUCCUCCACCACAGAAAAAAGAGCCACUAUUUUUUCCUCCUCCUCCUCCUCCUCCAGCUCCUCUGUCUCAGCCUGAAAAAUCUGGUCCUCGUGUCAUCUCCAACAGCAUGAAACAGAAGCAGCGCUCUCUAGUUGACCUUUUUGGCUCGCAACGCUCUCGGGCUCCUCCCACUCCUCCUCCAGAACCUGCCCCUAUUCUCCCAAUUAACAUCCCUGACCCACCCCCUAUGGCCGCACCUAGACUAAAUCAGCUUCAGGGAAUGGCCAGUGAGGAGAGCGUUCACUCCCAGCUACACAGAUUUUCUGCUAGUGUCUACUUCUCCUACUCACGUAUGCCUGGGAAGCUCUUCUUGCGAAAGGAGUUGUUCUACCCCCGAGAGAAGUUUACACACCCAUAUAUCCUCAACUUAUUGUGCGAGCAGAUUAUGAGAGACACCUACUCAGAUGCCUGUGUGCGAAUUUCACGUGAAGAACGGCGCAAAAUGAAAGAUUUGCUCGCACGCUUCCACGUUGGAACGAGCAUCAGUGCUGUGCAGGAUGAUGCCAUGAAGAAGAGGGUUGUCAUGGCAGCCAGGGACAACUGGGCCAAUUAUUUCACACGUCUCUUCCCUGUGAAUGGUGGAAAUGGAGGUGAUACUCAGAUUCUUGGUGUUUCACAUCGUGGCAUCAAAAUGCUGAGGAUGGUCAAAGCAUCAGGCAUUAACCCAAAACACCUCAAACUGCUCAGGAGUUAUAGCUAUGCAGAAAUGUUGUCUGUAGAGCAGAAGGGUGCUGAGACCGUUGCCAUCAGCCUGAAAAGUGAGGAGCUGCAGCUACACUCUCCACAAGCCCCUCAGAUAACUCACGUAGUGCGCCUCUUCCUCAUCGAGCUGACCAAGGGUUCAGAGUAUGUUGUUGCUCUGAACAGCUAUGUGACAGAUGAUAAGAGCCUGCUUAGCUUCCAGAAAGGUGAUGUCAUCAAACUGCUGCAAAUGGAUGGCCUUCAGGAUGGAUGGAAGUUUGGCUCAACCGGAGGCCGAUCUGGUCUUUUCCCAGCUGAUAUCACUCAGCCUUCUGCACCUCCAGACUACCACAGCAUGUCCAUGGACCGACAGGUUGAGAGGAGAAAAAGCAUGAGGAACUCUCGUACCUCCGUGGUGGCCCCUGGUGGACACUCGGCCCUCAACAGCACAAGUGUGGAGUCAAUAGCCAGUGAGCGCAGUGUUGAGGGUUCAGAGUAUGUUGUUGCUCUGAACAGCUUUGUGACAGAUGAUAAGAGCCUGCUUAGCUUCCAGAAAGGUGAUGUCAUCAAACUGCUGCAAAUGGAUGGCCUUCAGGAUGGAUGGAAGUUUGGCUCAACUGGAGGCCGAUCUGGUCUUUUCCCAGCUGAUAUCACUCAGCCUUCUGCACCUCCAGACUACCACAGCAUGUCCAUGGACCGACAGAUUGAGAAGAGAAAAAGCAUGAGGAACUCUCAUACCUCCCUGGUGGCCCCUGGUGGACGCUCGGCCCUCAACAGCAGAAGCGUGGAGUCAAUAGCCAGUGAGCACAGUGUUGAGGUGGGGUCAGUCUACGGCUCAGAUAUAGACCCCCGACUGUCCCACAUGGCUGAGUUUGCCAGGAAGUACUUCAGAGAGGCUGUUCUGAGGUUAAUAUUUUAA